CUCUGCUCUCAAACCAGAGAAAUGUCUCCGAGCAACACCAGAGACUCUCCCGUCUCACAGCCGUCCUCCAGAGACAGACACAAAAUGAGGAAGCCUGCGGUGGAGAAGCUGCGCAGAGAUCGCAUCAACGGCUGCAUCGAGCAGCUGAAGGUGCUGCUGGAGGAGGAGUUCCACAAGCGGGACCCCAACGCCAAGCUGGAGAAGGCCGACGUCCUGGAGAUGACGGUGGGGCUCCUGAAGCGGCGGCUGCGGCCUCAGGGUGGAGACGGUUACUCCCGCUGCUGGGAGGAGACGCUGCAUUUCCUCUCCACCGGCUCCCCGGAGGGGUCGAGGCCGGUGACCCCGACUCCACCGCCCUCGCUCCUCCGGUACCCGACCCUCUCCUCCUCGCACGGCCACGUCCAGUCUGCAGCGAAGCAUCCACCACCGCCCGGCACCGACAGGGCGGUGUGGAGGCCCUGGUAG